AUGUCGAAGAGAAUAAUGUGUGAAGUAUUCUGUACUGCUGAAGAUAUGGGACUUCAAAUAUUUUACCAGGACUGUGAUAGCAUGCAUAUUUUCAAUGAAGACAUACCAAAGCUUGCAGCAGAGUUUAAGAAGAGAUACGGUAGAGAACUUAUUGGUAAAACAUUAGGGCAGUUCCAUUCUGACUUCGCAGAAAUAACACCUGGAAAACAAAGUUUAGCAUACAAGUCAAUAUUUUGUGGAAAGAAGACCUACAUAGACUUACUCACGAAUGAUUUAAAUGAAGUUGCAUUCCAUGCACGUUGUAAAGGUGUAAAACAAGACGUUCUUGCUUUAACAGCUAAUGAAAUGUUUCCUGAAGCUAUACAAUGCUAUUACAAUGAAGAUAAGAACAUUCACAUACCUGUUGGAACAUAUGACAAAGACUCUGAGUUCAGUUUAAUGAAACUUUACAAAGCACUUCAUGAUGGUCAAGAGAUUGGAUUUGACUUAUGUAAGUCUUCUAGUCCUUGCUUUGCUGAAAAGUUUAACUUCUCAAUAACGACUAAAACAAGCUUUAUUCGUAAGUUGAAGUUCUGA